AAUAAUAAAGCACAUUAUGAAUACUGUAAUACUUUAAAUAAAACUUCAGUUAGUUUUAGUUUUAAUUUUAGUUAUUAGUGAAGUGGACAUAAUGACCAUACACACAGACCUGUUGGUCCAUUGUGCAAUCAUCAUUGGAGAUUAACAACGUUCAAUUUCGGUCUAAUAAAUGGUAGUGUAAUGAAGAGUUUUAAAUUCUAAAUGUUUAACAAUGGAGAACAAAGUGGUGUUUGUUUGUAAAUAUUUCGAAUAUUAAACUUUAAAUUAACAGUAUCAACAUCAAUGGCACCUAUUGACCGUGACGUCAGUUGUAUCAUCCUUCUAUCUUCACGGUAAAAUGAGUAAGACCUUAAGAUUCUCAGUAAAUUAUGUUAAGAACUAAAAACAGCCGGACACUUGUUUUUUGGCGCCAUUCUAGUAAUAUCAUAGUGCCAGACAUUACUAACUGUGUAUGAAGUCUUUACAUUUAAUAAUAUUCGUAAGCGAUAUGCCUUUUUUGAUGCGAUUGAUUUUUGCGAUUUUUAUUGUUUAUACAGCUGCCGAAGAAAAAAAAGAUUCUGCUUUAGACAAAAGACAAGUACCAGUUAACGGCGAUUUUACAGAUAGAUCAUCAGACGGGUCUUAUGCGUUCCGGUACGCAGACAGCAAUCAGUUCCACACGGCAGCAGCAAAUAAAGACAAUGUAGUUGUCGGCAAUUUUGGGUCUAGAAAUCCAGAAACAGGACGUAUUGGACAAACUUCUUAUUCAUCAGGUCCUCGCGGUUUUCGCGCACAGGGUCCAGAUAUUGCAAGACAGACAGACUUAUCACAAAUACGGUCUCCGUACAUACCACCAGUUCCCAUAGAUUCUUCUAAAUAUGAUCCAGCGUACGAUAGAUAUUACGAUCCAAAUGAAGAUGCGAGUUAUAAGUACACUGUUCGAACGCCUACUUUAUCCAAAGCGGAGACGUCCGAUUCCAGAGGCCGUGUUAUUGGCGCUUAUUCGUAUCUUGACGACGUCGGUAAACGACAUGACGUUCAAUAUGAAGCUGGAGCCGGAACUGGAUUUCACAUAAAAACUGCUCAUCCAGAUUCGAUUCCUUUUAAUGGUGUUUUUUAUAGUGGUCCUCCGGGUAAACCGGGUGGACUACCUCGUGGCACUUCAUCUGUAGUGUUGGGAAAAGACGGUUCGUACGGGUUUACAGCAUCUGGGCCGGAUCAAAGGCGAUCAGAAGUUAGUGACUCAAAUGGACGUGUUCAGGGCUCUUAUACAUACGUUGAUGAUAAGGGAGUGCAACGUACUGUACAAUAUGUCGCUGGUUCAGGAAUAGGAUAUCGUGUCAUUAAUAACUCGCCGGUUUUACAACAGUUACCGUUUCCUGCCCCAUCUAUUUUGCCCCCUUCAUUAUUAAUUACCUCUACACUUUCACCGAGUAAUUUUGAACAAGAUUUAUUCGGCUCGACAUCUAGUACGACCUCGUCACCAUCAUUAUCAAGUCCCAGAAGAGAUACAGAAAUUAAUAAUAGUUACAAAGGCAACGACAAAGAAUCUGAUUUUUUGUCGCCUGACAGUUCUUUGCCUUUAGGUUCAGCUUUUCCCGAAGAUGACCCCCUGCUGCCCCCAAGAAAAUGGCCGUUAGUAUACAAAAAUAAAGAUGAAGAAUCGUUUUUUCAAUCAUUAGAAAAAUUUAACAAAGUAAAAGAGAAUAGUCAAAAAACGCAUUUAGCCGUACCGGAAAAUUCAUAUGGGCAAUUAAAACCGAUAGUAGUGGAUCAGAUCAAUUAUGGAGAAUAUGGUGGCACAGACUACCAAAAACCUCAUCACAGUAAAGAUACGGUUGAAUAUGAAAACAACAAUUUUAUUGGAUUUCCACCAGGUACUAUAGUUAAAGGUUAUGUCCAAAAUAUAGAUAUAUUGCCAUUUGGAUACAGAGUGCCAUCUCCUUCAUAUGUCUUUGAGAAACAAUUUGGAAACACCGAUGACAUUCAAAAUUCAGUGCAAAAAUAAUUUAAGAUUUAUAACUUUUUUAUCAUUGAUAUGAUAAUUGACAAAACUACCUUUUUAAUGAGUAUGUAAAAAUAUUUACUAAUAUAGUAAAAUACAGCCGCGUUAAUUAAAUUUUCUUAGUUAUAUAUUUUAUUUAUUAUUACAUUAAUAUAAUCCACGAUAAAAAAUUAUAAAUUUUUUUAUUUAUUAUUAACAACACUUUAUUUUAAGAAAUUAGUGGGAUGAAAAUUAGUGGUACAACUAGGAAUUUUUUCGGGAGGAGUUAAUUAAAAAUAAAAAAAAAUUGUUUGCCCAUUAUUUUUUGAUAAAAUUGAUUAAAAAAAUCUUCAACCAAACAAUUGAUUAAACAUCGCAAUAAAUUUCAAGAAUAGUGAACCAUUGUCACAAUUCCCUAAUCUUCCUAGUUGCACCACUAUAUACAAUUAUGAGUAUGUACAUAUAGUUUUAAUCAAAACUAAAUUUAUUAUUUUACAUUGUUACAUAGAAAAAUUAAAUAUAAAUAGUUACUUCU